AGGGGAAACCCUACAUAUAGAUAAUCCCCCAGCAAACCCCGAAGAUCGAAACCAUCCCCUCCAGUCGAAAUCUCCCGAAUUCAAUGUGGAAAAUGCUGGAUAUGAUGGAACUGUCCGAGGCCGAGCUCUUCAUGUUCGACUGCGACGACUGCUCGGGCACGCCCCUUGCCCCGCCGCCCCAGUUCUUCAUCCCCCCGCCCCCAAGGCCGCCGGCCCUGGCCGAAUUUACGGUGGUGCCGCAGGAUUGCAACGAGGAGCAACUGGCCCAGCAACAAUGGGAGAGCGAUGUCUGCCAGGCAAUGCCGAUCUUGGAUGCCAGCCUGUACAGCAGUCAGUCGUUAGCCACAUCGGCCAUGAUAGCCGUGUUCUCGCUGCUCUUGGUCUUGAUUGUCCUCAUCUCGUCGCUGUUCGUUUGGAAAAACAAGCGGAAGGUGCAGAAUCUGCUGCCCUGCAAGACGCCCACUCGAGGACCUUUAAACGGAGCCAUGCCCUUGGGCGGCGGAACUCUGGGAUCGGCGCACCAUCAUCACCAUCACGGGAUGUACGAGGAUCCCGAUGCGCACUUGGGCCACCACAGACCCCUGGUGAUGCAUCGGCAUCAUCAUCACCAGCAGCUGGCCCACCAUCAUCACUAUCAGCAGCAUCACUCCGAGCUGCUCCAAGGCAAAAGCAUUCACUACCCCAGCGGCUAUCCUAUGACGCGUUCGCCACCCUUCUUGGUCAGCUCCUCGCCAGGACCCGAUCCCUAUCGCUCCAACGACAAUGUCUACGAGGAACUGGGACCGGGACGCGUUGACUCCGAUGGCGAAUCGGAGCCGCCACUCCAUUCCGAUGAUGAUUUCGCCGAGGACGAACUGUCGCUGCCGGGCGAAUGCAGUUUCCAGAAGGAGAACAAUCUGCCAGCUGGCGCCGGUGCCACGCCCUAUCACGAGAGGGCGGCCGGAAGCAGCACAGGAGCAUCGGGAGGAGCCAUGGCACCCACCACAUCCUCCAAUCUGCCCACCCAAGAGCGACACAGUGUCCUCAGCAGCGGCUCCUCCUCCGGUCAGGAUGCCUCCACGGCCACCGCCUCCUCGGCCAGCAACAAUAAUCACGAGUUGGCUUCGUCGGGUCCCAGCAGCAAUCGUCGCACUGCUCGCACGCGACGUUCUCAGGAUCACAAUCAGGAUCAGGAUCUCAACAACAGCACCUCCACGGCGGACAUAGCUGACCUGGCACCGCUCUACGACAACCGCAGCAAUCUCAUGUCCCUGGGCUACAUGGCUCGCUCGACGGCACCUCAGUUCUACAAUACCCUGGAGCACGAAGUGGAGCGUAGGAAUAGGAUUAACGCACAGCUCAGCAAAGGUCCAGCUCCUCCGCUAUCCACAAUUUACAGGGAACGCAUUCGCUAUCCCACGAAUGCCAGCCAGCAGUAUCCUUCGAGUGCCGCGAGUGGUUUAAUGGCCGCUACAAUGAGGGCGAGGACUCAACCCAGGGUAUUGGACCGUCGAUUGGCACCUCAUCAGCAUCAGCACCAUCGCAUCCAUGCCGCUCCCAUGGCCCAGGAGCCUUCCUACUGCUAUGCGGAGCCCAUGUACAAUGCGAACUAUUACUACGAAAGUGCUGGGGCAGCCAGACCAUAUGCUUCCACCCUUUUGCCCUCUGCCGCCGCCGACUACCGUCAUCCCUAUGGGGACUCGAGCUUUGGUUCCGAUUCGGGAUAUAGUCACCAUACGCCGGCCAGCUCGAUUGGUCGACAGGAUUACGACCUGGCCGAGCCACAAGUGGUAAACCAGCCGCCGAAACCCAGCAAACUGAGUUCCGCCCUGAACUUCAGUUGGAAUCGCAACUCUAGGGUUAAGGGAUCGACUCCUGGUGGAGCUAUUGCGAAAACCUCGGGAAAUAGCAGCAAUAGUAGUGCCACCAGUCCCAACAACAACAGCAGUGCCUGCUCCACCGUCACUUCGCAAUUGGAGAACAACAAUGCUGCCAGUCUCUCGCCGGCGUAGAUAAACCAAUAAAAUAUAUAUCCUAUAAAUCCUUGUAAAUAGGGGUUACAAAAAAACUCAAGAACCCUGUACAGUUAGUCAUAUCUCCUAAGCUAAGCAUACUGAAUAUCAAAACUGUCCUGCGUGUACAUCGUCAAAGCAAUAGCUAUUUAACCUAUGAAUACUAAAAACUCGAUGCAGAGAGCCCAAAGUUUCUUGGUAGGACUAUCAAAAUGGGAUUGCCAUACCAAUACCACCAGGUUUUAGCUCUGUUUCAAAAGCAAAAACUUGUCGCAAAGCAAAGAACUUAUAGGUCAUAAGUGUUUUUCCAAUGUGAUUGCCAAAUUCUACAAUAUAACGCUAAACUAAACUAAAAACUGCGAAACUAAUUUAUAAUCUAGUUAUAUUAAACCUAUGUCCACAAUGUACUCUUAAGUUUAACUUUAGUUUUGUUUGUUAUUUUAGUUUUUAAGUGGAGUGUAAGAAGAGAGAAGAGCUGCUAAAGAAAAAAACGUUGAACAGAAGGUCAACAAAAAUAUACCAAAACAUUAUAAAAAUCAAAUCGAAA